AUGUACAUUCAAAGAGUAGAACGAGCAGAGAUAAGCAUGGCAAAUACAAAACAUGGAUGCAAGCAGUGCCUGUACAUUAUCGCACAGAUACACAACAUAGAUGAACAUCUAAGAUACCAGAAUAGAAGCAUAACACUCUUCCAACAUAAAUAUACGAAAUACGUUUUAAAAAAAUUCGCAGCAAGUUUUGGCUAUUUACACGAUGCAGAAAUGCACUUUAUGAUGGGAUGCUUCAUGCCUGUGCAUGUAAGAAGUGACGCAAAUUAUGCCUCUAAUGUCCGACAACCAACGACGAGCAUGGCCGUUCCAUUGCUGCUGCUCAUAUUCAUCAUUCCAACUAAUCAGAGCCAACAUCUGACCCAAAAUCUGAUUAACACAAAAAACGUGCAAUAUAACAACCGACUAACUUGCAGCAUCGAAUUGAACACAACACAGAACAACACAGAACAACCCAGCACAAGACAUCAAAACGCGAUAGAAAAAAUAGUUUGA